AGGGGAAAAAAAAAAAAAAAGCGCGGACGCGUCGCGAGUCCCCGCACAAGUGCGAGGGCGGCUCGCGAGGCCACUUCUGCUGCGGCUCUGAUAAAAAGCGGACCCGAGUCCCUCCCCUCCGGCACGAUCCGCUUCGUCUUUCUUUUUUUCUUUCCUUCCAUCUAUCGCUGGCAGCGCGCGCAGGGACUGCGAGGCGAUCGGAACCGCGGGCGCGCGCGUCGCACGGAGAUUCUUGGCCGCGCGCGGGAUCGGCAUGGAACUCGGCGCGUGUUUGGGACACUGAGAGCGAACGGGCAGCGAGCGCAGAGAAUGGCGGCGGAGCUGCAGCCCCGGCUCUGCUGUCUGACCAAGGGCCCCGGCGGCUACGGGUUCCACCUGCACGGGGAGAAGGGCCGCACGGGACAGUACAUCCGCAGAGUGGAGCCCAACUCCCCCGCGGAGGCGGCCGGGCUGCGCGCGGGCGACCGCGUGCUGGAGGUGAACGGCGAGAACGUGGAGAGGGACACGCACCAGCAGGUGGUGCAGCGGAUCCGUGCCGUGGAGCACGAGACGCGCCUGCUGGUGGUGGACCCAGUGACCGAUGAGCACAUGCGCCGAUUGCGGCUCUCCGGGUCGGGACCACUUUCCCUCUUGAGCUCAGCCUCUCCCAGCAAACCCAAGAACGGACACCUGUCCCCGGAGCCGGUGCCCCCGGCCAGGGAGGGGUCGGAGCCCACAGCGGCACCCUCCCCGACCUCAAGGAAGGUAUCAGAGGAGCCAGUGCCCUUGGUGGCAGGGCACCAUCCCCGGCUGUGCCGCCUGGUGAAAGGAGAGGAAGGCUAUGGCUUCAACCUGCACAGUGACAAGAGCAGAACAGGCCAGUACAUCCGCUCAGUGGACCCUGGCUCACCAGCGGAACGGGCCGGACUCCAGCCAAAGGACAGGCUCAUCGAGGUGAACGGUGUCAACAUCGAGAACCUCAAACACGCAGAGGUGGUGGCCUUCAUCAAGAACAGCGGGAACGAGGCCCGGCUUCUAGUUCUGGACCCAAAAAGUGAUGUAUACUUCAAGAAACAAGGUGUCACCCCCACAGAGAGCCACAUCAAAGGUUUCCCGGCCCCAUCUGUCACCAAUGGCUCCCGGAAGUCUCGUCCCAGCAGCAGUUCAGCGUCCCAGUCGUCUCAGUCCACCAGCUCGGAGCUGGAAGAUACGAGCACGCAGGUGCCCCCGGAGGAUGACAAGCGCUGCCUGCUGGAUCCCUUCGCAGAGAGUGGCCUGCGUCUGAGCCCCACAGCCGCUGAAGCGAGGGAAAAAGUGCAUGCCAAGCGCAUCCACAAGAGGGCGCCGCCAAUGGACUGGAACAAGAAAUAUGAGAUCUUCAGCAACUUCUGAAAACAUUCAGGCACCGGCCCCAGCUCUAACCCAACCCCCACUCUUUUCCACUCUGAAAACUUAUUUUUGUAUUUAAAAGGCAAAAUAAGACUCAAAAGGGAAAGAAAGUGGUAUAUCACAGGCUCAUGGAAGCAGUGCAUUCAUGAGAGGGGAACAUGGUAGGGCACAUCACCACCAGGGGUGUCAAAACACACCAUCCAAAGAUCACUCCUGCUCACUUGGCAGAGGUAAAACAUUCAUAUUGGUGCAACAUACAUCAGUUUCUCUGUCAUGGAAAAACACAUGUUGUUUUACUGUUGUCUUUAUUGUUUAUAGUAAGUCUUAUGGAGCUGGCUGUAGAAAGGGAAGGGGAAUGACCACUGGGACACAAGGAGCCAAACUCCAUAUUUCGAGCUGAGUUUCCAUUGUAUUUACAUUUGUAGGCACCCAAACGAUUCCUCGUACACACCUGUUGUUGGCCAGAGGGCCGUCAUUUUUCCCACCCAGGUACAUUAUGCAAAGUACACUUCCAUGCAUCCCUAAGAUGAUGUCACACAAGCCUGGUGCUCCUACAGACUGGUUUUACUGAGCUUUACUGCGAUGGGGAUGGGGGAGACAGGGAAGGGGGCUACAGGCGACAUCCGUUGUGAUCUACUCGUAUAUGGCAGGGUUCCUCCAUUCUCAAACACCCGCCUUUUCUACUCAUCUAGCACCAGUGUAUUCAAAUCAUGCCAGCAGUUGAGGUCUCCAGCUCCUCCUCAGACUUCCUCAUGUAAUGAAGCACAUGGGCUGAGCAGAUGGAGGGGGGAGAAGGAAGGGAAAUUGGGAAGCAGAGGAAAGGAAUGUUGGGAAGUAGUGCAGCAGGAAAGAGUGAAUUGAGAAAAUAUAGAUGGAGAGACAAGGAGGCAAAUGGAAAGAAAGUGAAAGGUUAAGUAGGAGAGACGGAGGGAAGCAGGAGAUGUGGAGCGACUGACAGAAGAGACAUACAAGGAGGUUGGAUGCCAGUAGGAGAUUUGUGAAGUAAAUCUUGCGUAACUAUGUCUAAAAACAAUACACUUGGACUGUGAGGAAGCCUUCUAGAUGUUAACAUGACCAUCCCUGAGGAUGUGAUACCCGGGUUUGAAAGCCAUUGAUCUGUGGACAAAGGAUCUGAAACCAUGCGAAGAGAAGCGGACAGGUUCCCUUGACCCCUCAUGUUUAGUCACAGCUGAAGUGACCAUCCACAUGUGGGGACAGACAAAUGUAGGAGGUUCACGUGGAGAUCAAGCACGAUCCACACAUGUCUGGUUUAUCUGGAUGGACUGUGCUCCAGCUGCAGUUGUCCAGCCCGAGUUCCUACGGUCACUUGGCAGUCCACCAUCACCGUGCUUUUUAGCUGCUCGGCUUUUCCUUGUUUGCAUAUUAAAGACAAAGUUAUUGUAGUUAUUUCUGUACCAAGUCUAUAUUACUACUAUAUUUGUAUGUCAGUAUAACACAAGCAACCAUGUUUAGUGUUAUGAAAAUGCUUUGAUUUUAUGCUAAAAAUCAUUUAAAGGCUGAAUUGUGUACUGGACUGAAUUGCAAGGGACAGCAGGUUGAUCUGGUUCCCAAUAAAGACUGAACUUUAUUCUCGGAUGUACGACACGCUGACAGACAGAAUUCAUGGCUUUUCCGUGCAGUGUUUUCAGCCAAUGUGUCAUUACAAGAGGGGGCAUGAUGACAUC